AAUUAUAAGAUGAAUUAUCUACUUAUAUAUUGAAUUAAAAAAGAUAGAUAUUUGAAACAUUUAUUGAUUGUAUGAUUUUUCUAAUACUAGGUAAGAAAUAAUUGAGGAAAUUUCAUUAAUAUUUAUUAUUUAAUUUCGUUUGUAUAUAUGAAUACUAAUUUGGUUGUAUUUAUAAAUCUUUGUCCAUUGACUCAUCACUUUGUUAAGAAAUAGAGAGAGAAAUAUAAAAGAGAGAACAGAACUAGCAUGGAGGUCAUCAUCAUCAUCUAUUUCUGAGCAAGUAUAUCUCAUCUUUCUUCCUCAACUAUGCUUUUCAUGCUCCCCUCAUAAUUUAUAUUUUUUUUUAAGCUAUAGUUUAGAAAUUUAAUUAAUUCAUGGCUCAUGAAGAUGACAAAACAUCAAGUGGUGGAUUUUGUUACAAUCCAACAAUUCAAACACAAAUUCAUCAAGGUUUUGUUUCUGAUCCAGAGAUGUUUAAUCUCACAACAGGGAUGGAGAUGAUAGGGUUUUCAAAACAUCUUCAACAUCAACAACAACAACAACAACAGAGUUCUACUGACACAAACAUGUGGAAAACAAAUUUCAUAGGAAAAUUACCAAGUCAACACUCUGCAGGUGGUUCUUCAAAAACCAUCAACAAUGACUCAAAUUUCUAUCAUCAUCAAGAUUUCACUACAAGUAGUGAUCAUCAUCAUCAUCAAAAUCUAAACAACAUGAUUCAACAUCAACACCAUCAGUGGCAACAACAACAACAGGUCGUUGCCACUGAUGACGAUUCAUCACUAAGAUGUGUUUUCCCUUGUGAAGGUAAUGAAAGACCAAGUCAAGGACUUUCACUAUCUCUUAGUUCAACAAAUCCUUCAUCUAUUGGUUUACAAUCCUUUGAACUAAGACACACUACUCCUCAUACUCAACAAGAUCAAGGGUAUCAUGGUCAUUUUCUUCUCAAAAACUCUAAGUUUUUGUUACCAGCUCAACAACUUCUCAAUGAGUUUUGUAGUUUAGAAACAACAAAACCAAAUGAUUUAGUUUUACAAAAACAAAAAUCUCAAAAGUUCAACAACAACAAACAAAGUUGGGAAGAUCAAGAUAUUAACAAUGGUGGUGCUGGUGGGGGUGCUAGUAGCAGUUCCUCAACCAAACAAUCUUUAACCUCUUUAGAGUUUGUUGAAUUACAAAAGAGAAAAACUAAGCUUCUUUCCAUGCUAGAAGAGGUUGAUAGAAGGUACAAGAACUAUUGUAAUCAAAUGAAGAGUGUGGUUUCAUCAUUUGAAGCUGUAGCUGGAAAUGGAGCAGCUAAAGUUUAUUCAGCUUUAGCUUUAAAAGCUAUGUCAAGACAUUUUAGAUGUUUGAAAGAUGGAAUAUUGGAACAAAUUCAAAUAACAAGAAAAGCUAUGGGAGAAAAAGACCCUAUUGCACCUGGAACAACUAAGGGUGAAACUCCUAGGCUUAAAAUUCUAGAUAGAGUUUUAAGACAACAAAGAGCAUUUCAACAAAUUAACAUGAUGGAAACUCAUCCUUGGAGACCUCAACGCGGUCUUCCUGAACGAUCUGUUUCAAUUCUUCGAGCUUGGCUUUUUGAACACUUUCUACAUCCGUACCCAAGCGACGUUGAUAAACAUAUUUUGGCCCGCCAAACCGGUCUCUCAAGAAGCCAGGUAUCAAAUUGGUUUAUUAAUGCAAGGGUGAGGCUAUGGAAGCCAAUGGUGGAAGAAAUGUAUCUAGAAGAAGAGAAAGAGCAACAAAGAAACACAACAACCUCGGAGGGAGUAGGAGGAGGAAACAACAUUAAUACUCAUGAAGAGGAAAAUCUUAAUGUACUUCAAAACCAAUCUUCAACACAACUUCAAGAAGACCAAAAGCCACGACUUGUUCGAAUCGAUUCCGAGUGUGUUUCAUCCAUCAUUAACAACAAUCAUGAUCAUAACAAAAAUGAGGCUAAUAAGAAUUUGAAUCAUCAUCAUCACCAAUUAGCCGUAGAUGCAUUUGGAUCGGUUGAUAUCGAUUUUUCAUCUUAUAAUACACAUCAUUCUUCUGAUCACAUGGUUGCUGCUUACACAAGUAAUGAGGGUUUCCACCCCGGUGGUGGUGGUGGCGGAGUUUCGUUGACGUUAGGGUUACAACAACAUGGUGGAAAUGGAGUGAGUUUGGCUUUUCCACCAACAACUCAAAGUUCAAUGUUCUAUUCAAGAGAACAAAUUGAUGAACCGGUUCAAUACUCUCUUUUGGAUGGUGAAGGAACAAAUAUUAUGCCAUAUAGGAAUCUCAUGGGGACACAAUUGCUACAUGACUUGGCAUGAUACAAAGGAAAAAGUUGUUGAAUUAAUGUCAUUGAUUGAAGCUUUAGUCAGAAAUGUUGAAGCAUGGAGGUGCGUAUUGAGAUAUCACAUUAGGUUAUUAUGGUAUAACAAAUUAUUAAUAGGUCAACUGAGACUAGUGAAAUUAAUGAAUUAAAUUAGAGACAGAUUUAUAUUUUUAAAUUUUAACUAGCUAGCUCAGUAUAUUGGGUAUUGGUUAUGGUAUACAUGAUGUUGCUUCCAUAGAGAAGCCACUCUUAGAUCAUUAAUAUAUAGUUUGAACAUGUUUAAUUUUAUGCUCUAUUGCUUAAUUUGAAAUUAGGUUUUUAUAUGGAGUA